AACAAGUCGCCUAAUUGGUUUAAUAGCCUUAGCCUACUAUCGAUGUGCCAUGUUUAUUUUGUGAGCAACCGCAAGCCCUGCUUUCAUUUGGACGCUUUUGGAGUCUGCUUAGAGAUGACAAUACACUAGAAAGUGUAUUUUAUUGUAUGAAGUAUUGGUUCCAUUUUUUUUUCUUAUAACGGAAUAUAGCCUAGGCAUCUUGUAUGAGAUGAAAACAGUUUCAGAGAGCGAAAUACGUUCAUUGGUUUUGGUCACAAUACGAAGAAACGAUGUCGCAUUAUUGUGAGGCUCUUCAUCGUUUGGAAAUCUCUUUUUGAAUGGGACGCUUAAGAGUGGCUCAUAAGAUGUUUGCAACUUCUUCACCAACAAGCUGAGACUCAGCCAUCAAACAGUAGAAUGUGUCCCGUUGUGCCACAACCACUGUGUGUGUCUAUUGACGGGCACUUACAUGGCUUUAGGGUUACCUUGGCAUUCCUCCUGUCCAUGUGUCUGUCCCGUAUGACGUUCACGGCCGCCUGCCCACCACCCUGCCUGUGUGCCAGCGACAUUGUCUCCUGCAGUGGUCUCAAUCUGUCAACCAUUCCCCCUAACCUCCCUGGCUAUGUCACCCGAUUGGACCUCAGUCACAAUGUCCUAUCUGCUCUGCUUUUGGAUUGGCCAGACCAGUGUCUGGACAGGCUGACCACGCUGGUCCUCAGUCAAAACGCCAUUACCCAUCUGGCACCGGACACCUUCGCCCCCACCCCUCACCUUCGCCACCUGGACCUCUCGUCCAAUGGGCUGUCUCGGCUCAACGCAUCUGCCUUCCAUGGGCUCGGGGAACUGGAAGUGCUGCUUCUGUUUGGAAACCGCAUCAGUCAGACCAUGGCGGGAGCCUUCCAGGGGCUGAGCAGCCUGGAAAGGCUGUAUCUGGGCGGGAACAGACUGACUGCCUUCCCCCUGGAGCUCUACCAGCGAGAUGGGGCUCUGCCAUGUCUGCGUUUCCUGGAUUUGUCGAUGAACAUGGUGAGGCAGGUGCCCGUGCAGAGCCUACUCUCUCUGGCCACCUGGCAGCAGGGUGGCAUCUAUUUGCAGGGGAACCCGUUGGUGUGUGACUGUGCCCUGCGCGCCAUGCUGGAGUACUGGGAGAGGAGGCAGUACCGUCCCCUACUAGACUUCAGGGAGGAUUAUCCAUGCAGCCUGGGUCAGGAGGAGUGGCUGAAUUGUUCUGCUAGCCCUCAGGGUGGGUUCCAUGGAACUGUAGAAGUGUCUUACCAGGCAGAGCCUGGCGAUUGGCUCAUGGUGCCGUGCCCUGGCGUUUCUCUCCCCCUCCGGGAAGGGUUGAUGGUGUUCUGGGUGACCCCGGGCGAUGGAUCCCCGGCACUGGGCGUAACAGACGGUCAGAGCAGCCGCCUCACGGUCCUCACCAACGGUACCCUGGAGAUCCGAGGGGCUCUCCGGGAGGAUUCAGGGACUUACUCAUGCGUGGCAGUCCGCGGGCGACACCGGAGCUCCAACGAGACUUUGGAGAUCACCGUCUCUGUAGGUAACCCCAGCGGACUGGGCAAGAGCGGGGAGGAACGUAGCAGCGGCAGGGAGCAUUUUAACACGGCAUUUACCACGCUGGCAUCCUGUGUGGUCAGCAUCGUCCUGGUGCUCCUCUACCUGUACCUCACUCCCUGCCGUUGCCAUGGUGGAAAGGCCGGGGGCGUUGGUGGGUGCGGCGGGAGAGCCAUGCUCCUCUGUGCAGACCCCAGAGAGGCGGAGCUCGCAGACAGAAGGGUCACCGGUGGAAAGAGGGUGGCCUUCCUCGAAACAGGGGACGAGCACCCCCACAAAUGCAGCGCCAAGCACCCAGUAAUGGACGCUGCAGCCAUAGAGGGCAUUUUGAAGAACGGAAGCAGGGCCUUGGAGCAGGUCCUCGAAGAACACGUUGCGUAGCAUUCAGGGUGUGUCCUUCAAGUUCCACCAGGCUUUCACUGGACGAGACUACACCAUGCAAAAUUGACUUUUUGUAACAUGGUUCUCAAAAUGCCAAAUAUUGAAACCUCGCAUUGAAAGUAGUUUUAACACCUGUUAUUUCACAACAGUGAUCAGACCGCUUUUUAAUGUUAUACCUACUGUGUGGAUAGAUAUGGAAACAGUAGUUGGUUUCUUUAUGUCAAAGUUUUAUAUAUAUGAACUUGCAGAUAAAGAAAUAGUUCAAAACAAAAUACAUUCUGUGAAACACCUGUGUGAAAUCCUUUAUGUAGGCAUUCAUGGAUCUAUAAUGUUAUUACAGGAUACACAUGGUAUACACUGUCCAUCCAAAUGCUUACUUGCAGGCUCCUAGUCUGUCAUAAGGUACCAUGCGCUAUUAUGAAUGAUCAUAACAGGGCGAACACAGACUGUACAUGUAUUCUUAAUGUAUUAUAUGCAGGUUGAAUGGAUGCAUUCAGACAAAGAUGCCAAAGUCGACCCUGAUCAGUGUCUGGGGACUAGCCAGCUCUAGCCCCAAGCCUCCCAUGACCUAUAUACUAUUGUUGUUCUCGGUUAUUUUUGCAGGUGUGACUGUGAAAAGAGUUUUUCAAGGUAAGGAAGGGGACAUAUUUACUCUAGGGGCCAUAUUUAACUACAGUAGGUUCCCACUCCCACCCCCACUGACAGUUCUCUAGGGGACAUAUUUAGCUACAGUAGGUUCCCACUCCCACCCCCACUGACAGUUCUCUAGGGGACAUAUUUAACUACAGUAGGUUCCCACUCCCACCCCCACUGACAGUUCUCUAGGGGACAUAUUUAACUACAGUAGGUUCCCACUCCCACCCCCACUGACAGUUCUCUAGGGGACAUAUUUAACUACAGUAGGUUCCCACUCCCACCCCCACUGACAGUUCUCUAGGGGACAUAUUUAACUACAGUAGGUUCCCACUCCCACCCCCACUGACAGUUCUCUAGGGGACAUAUUUAACUACAGUAGGUUCCCAUUCCCACCCCCACUGACAGUUCUCUAGGGGACAUAUUUAACUACAGUAGAUUCGCACUCCCACCCUCACUGACAGUUCUCUAGGGGACAUAUUUAACUACAGUAGGUUCCCACCCCCACUGACAGUUCUCUAGGGGACAUAUUUAACUACAGGAGGUUCCCACUCCCACCCUCACUGACAGUUCUCUAGGGGAAAUAUUUAACUACAGUAGGUUCCCACUCCCACCCCCACUGACAGUUCUCUAGGGGACAUAUUUAAUUACAGGAGGUUCCCACUCCCACCCUCACUGACAGUUCUCUAGGGGAAAUAUUUAACUACAGUAGGUUCCCACUCCCACCCCCACUGACAGUUCUCUAGGGGACAUAUUUAACUACAGUAGGUUCCCACUCCCACCCCCACUGACAGUUCUCUAGGGGACAUAUUUAACUACAGUAGGUUCCCACUCCCACCCCCACUGACAGUUCUCUAGGGGACAUAUUUAACUACAGUAGGUUCCCACUCCCACCCCCACUGACAGUUCUCUAGGGGACAUAUUUAACUACAGUAGGUUCCCACCCCCACUGACAGUUCUCUAGGGAACAUAUUUAACUACAGUAGGUUCCCACUCCCACCCCCACUGACAGUUCUCUAGGGGACAUAUUUAACUACAGUAGGUUCCCACUCCCACCGACGACAAGGUAACUGGCUUCCAGAUGUGACUUAGCAUGUCAAAUUGAAUGGUCACUGUACCAAACCUACAUGUUUAUAGACAAAGACCAGAGUUCCAUGUUUUUAUGGUUGUUAUUUUUUUUACAAACUGUGUUGUGAGUAUUACGUGAUCACAGUAUAAUGUAAUACCACAGCUAAAUGUGACUUGUACAGGCAUGUAGUAUCAGGAUGGAACCUAGUGAUUUGAAGUAUCUGAAGAAGGAAUCUGAUGGACUCAAAUCUGUGACCGUUUUUAAGGCUAUGUUGUCUAGUGCAGAGAACUCUAACUCAAUUGUGUAAUCAGGUCCUCAUAAAAGUUGUAUGUAUGGGACAUACAUGUUUGACCUGAACCCCUAGCCCCCAUCCCUUCUGUGUUAACAGAUCUGAAGGAGCCGUAUAAAUGUAAGCAAUAAUGGUGAUGGCACCAUCUAGCCUUUUCAAUGGGCUUUGGGGAGCUUCUGCCAUAUUGUUUACACCUAUCCGGUUUCAUGGGAUCUGUAAACAACGAGGGACUUGGAGCUGCUUUCAGUCUACUCAUUGUAUUUCAUUUGGUAUAGAAUGUUUGUAAAAUGGAACGUAAAACUACAAUUUCCCAAGACUCAGUCCUCCCCUUUAGUCAUGUCCUGGGUAUUUUGUCACCUCCAGCUAGUAGCUACAGUAUCUGAUCCCUAGUUUUGUUAAAUACAUACACAGGUUACAACACGUACAUAUGUGUUAAAUUGGCAUGUUGACAGGUGAUUGUAAGUGUUAAUAUGUAAUAACUAAGUAAUACAUGUAACUGUUGAAACCAACUUUUCCCUCAGUCAGUCCAAUGUUAAGGUUCUCAACAUUAGCAGUGUCGCAGCACAUUAAUUAAAUUUUUUACCUUUAUUUAACUAGGCAAGUCAGUUAAGAACAAAUUCUUAUUUUCAAUGACGGCCUAGGAACAGUGGGUUAACUGCCUGUUCAGGGACAGAACGACAGAUUUGUACAUUGUCAGCUCGGGGGUUUGAACUUGCAACCUUCCCAGUUUACUAGCUUUGUAACCAUAAGUAAGUGAACAGAAAAUGUAAAACUGGCGCAUUGAGUCAAUGACAUUUCAUGUGCUUGGGGUAAAUGUCCUUGAUAGAAAACAGAAAUAUUCAGUAUGAAUGGCCUCCCGUGUGGCUCAGCAGCCUAAGGCACUGCAUCGCAGUGCUAGAGGUGUCACUACAGGCUGUAAUCAGGAGUCCCAUAGGGUGGCACGCAAUUGGCCCAGCGUCAUCCAGGUUAGACCAGAGUUUUAUUUUUUAAUUUAGAUUUUAUUUAACCUUUAUUUAAGUAGGCAAGCCAGUUAAGAAACAAAUGCUUAUUUACAAUGACAGCCUACCCCGGGCAAACCCUAACCCGGACGAGGCUGGGCCAAUUGUGCACCGCCCUAUAGGACUCCCAAUCACGGCCGGUUGUGAUACAGCCUGGAAUCAAACCAUGGUCUGUAGUGACGCCUCCAGCACUGAGUUGUAGUGCUUUUGACCGCUGCGCCAUUCGGGAGCCAUCAUUGUAAAUGUACGAAUUUGCUCUUAAUUAACUGUCUUGCCUAGUUAAGUAAAGGUUAAAUAAAAAAUAAUUGAAUCAUUUAAAUAGUUGCUGGAAGCCCAUUUGAUGCAAUCUUCCUUGGAAAACACUGAUGUCAUCUAAAUAUAUUAGGGGUGCAUUUCUGAGAAUUACAAGUGAUGCAAUUUCCAUUCACAUAAACUGAAAAUAACUUCAUAGUGCUGUUUCUGCAUAAAGCUUACUUGAGUCUUAGUGGAUCUGGAGCCCAAAUGCAUCAGGAUCCUUAUAACAGAGAAGGUAGUUAUUUCAGAAUACCUACAUUUCAUUUCAAGGCAAUUAAAUGUUUUAUCAUUCAAAAUAUCCAGGGGCGCAACUUUCACUGGGGACAGGAGGGGGUGGACAUGUUUCCCCCACAUUCUGAAAUGUCAUUUUUGAAACAACGUUGAUUCAACCAGUGUAUGCCCUGUGGGUGGUUUGCUCUCUCCCUCUCUGUUUUGUUCAUACUGGGAAGGUUUUACACUCCUGUGUAACUCUGUCAUGUCACACUAUUUAGUGUACUUUUCAAUCCCAAUUUGAGAUAUGCAAAUCUGAAAUUACAUAUUUCCUGUUGAUAUCAAUGAAUUAUUAACGCUUGAGUAAUGAGUGCAUCAUAUCUCAAUGAUUGUACCUUCUGUAUGUGUAGAGUAGGCAUAUUUUAUCUGUAGCACAAAAAAAAUGAGCAGUACUGUUUUGCAGUGGUGUAAAGUUCUACUUUAGUAGUUUUUGGGGGUAUCUGUACUUUACUAUUUAUAUUUUUGACUACUUUCACUUUUUACUUAAUCUUUCUUACUAAUCUCACUAAUCUUACUUUCCCUGAAACCCAAACGUACUUGUUACAUUUUGAAUGUUUAGCAGAACAGGAAAAUGGUCCAAUUCAUGCACUUAUCAAGAGAACAUACCUGGUCAUCCUUCUGCCUCUGGCAGACUCACUAAACACACAUGCUUUGUUUGUCAAUUAUAUCUGAGUGUUGAAGUGUGCCCCUGGCUAUCAGUAAGUACAUAAAAAUAAAAAUA